ACACUUGGAAACCGAAGUCGUACGGAGCUGCUGCUGGUCAGUGCUGAAAAUGUGACAGACGUUCCAGUGGGACACGCAGUGUGAAGCUAAUAAAAGAACGAACCAAGCAAAGGGAAAAACAAGCAACGGAAACAAUCCUUCAAACUCACCGAUCAAUUACAAUCAUCGCAAUUAGACGAAACAAUAAAAGGCACUGUGAGGCACUUUGUCGUCUAGAACUCCACAGUGAACGGGUUGCUAGUACCAGAGUUGGUGUCAAGUAACGCUCUACCCCUUGGACGGCUACUUUCCAGGCUUUAAACAUGGAUUCGUUCUUCCGGCUGAGAAGGUCGUCCCACACGCCGUCGUACAGCCAGGGCGGCCAGGAACCGCUGAUCGUCGUCGAGGAGUCGGAAAACAAUGAAAAGGAGGAGGAAACAAGCAAUCAAUCGUCCCAGCGCCAGAGUCUGGACAUCGAAUCGCCCGAAAAUCCGUACUUGCUGUCGCCAUGGCGCGAAACGCGCAAACACUCACUACCCACACCACCCUGCACCAGCGGCAUCACCGCCAGCCAGGUGCGACGCCUGUCGGAGCGGGGCGGUGAAGGGUCCGGUCCGUCGCCCCGCGAACAGGCCUUCCUUGCCACGUUGUACAGCACGCCCGCACCGCAACCGGGCGGCCGGCGCCAUUCGGUCGUCACGAUCAGCCGCGUUCCGCCCACGCUAUUCGGCCGGAAUCGCAGGGAGUCUAUUGCUGCGCUACCUGCUGGCCAGCGUUCGAACGCAAGCUCCCGACGCGAAAGCAAUAUUGGACCGCCGCCAUCGACGGACCACAGAGGUAGUAUACACAAUUUACAGUUAGAUAUUAUGGAUGAUAUAGUACAGGCUAGAAAAGCGCGCAUGAAGCUGUGGAACACGAGCAACGAGCGUGUGUGCGAGGUGCAAACGCUCGACGAGGCCGGUACCGGUUCCAGCUCGCCGAUGCGCUACACCAACCGGCGCUACUCGGACUUUGUGGGGACCGCGUUGCCCCCGAUACAGUCGUUCCGGCGCGCCUCGGAGAUGCCGAUCUCGCCGUGUGCCCCGCUCCUGCCGGCCAGCUCCACCAACGCAACACCCGCAGCACCGGCCGCCGGCACCGACGCGUCCUUUAAGCCGAAAACGAAGAUGGGUAUCGUGUGCACCAACACUGAUCUCAUAUCUCUCUUAUCGUCUCUAGCCUCGUCAGCGACAGAGAUUAAUCGAUGUGGCGAGAAAGAGCACCCUAGCCCCCUAGCUUCCCACGCGUUUCCGCUGCGGUCCGCCGCCAAAAGUCCGACCGCUGGCACCUCGUCCACGGCUGCCGGCGGUGGUGGUGGUGGUGGCGACCAGCCGAAGAGCAAUCUGCAGAAGAAUCGCUCGAACAGUUUUGACAUUUCGCUCUACCAGAAUAUCAAGCAGCUGGCCACCGGUGGCGGUACGCUGACGGGUGGUGGCGGUGGUGGUGCUGGCGGUGCAACCGACCAGGAAAAAUCCUCCGUCGAGUCCGGUUGGUUCAUCAAGCGGCACCAGCCGAUGGCACGCCGCAAAUCGGCGGCCAAAUCGCCGUGCGCCACCGUCACGUUCGCGCGCGAAACGUUCGACAAGCUGCGGGACAAGGAACCGGCCCACAAGGACGAACCGAAGCCCAAGCCGAAGGAGUCCCGGUCGCCGCUGAACAAGCUGAAAUGGGACGGCCGGAGCGCUAUCGUGGACGCCCGCAUGAUUGGGCACGCGAUCGAAAACUUCAUCACCGGCUCGUCGUCGUCCUCGUCGUCGUCCGGCAAAAAGUCGUCCGCGGCCGGGGGCGGCAAGGACGGUGCGGGGGGCCGCACCGGUGCCAAGAAGUCGUCCACCUCCAGCUGGUUCGGCAAGGCGGACGAGGAUGAAGAUUCGAACGAUACGUGCGACUCCUCGCUCUGCUCCACGCUGAAGGAUCUGUUUGUAAAGUAA